AUGUUCUUCUUGUACGUCUUCUGGAUCCUCAUCCAGUCUUCCAUCUACGUACAAGGGUACAAUUUUCCGUAUGAAGGCAUCCAAUUAAACGAUAGCGACGUUCGAAACUAUUCUCGAAUAGCAUUCGGUGUCUCAUCCACUAUUUCCUCAAAUCCCACAAACUCGACCGGAUGUAAAGUCUAUCCUGGUGAUGCACAAUGGCCAAGCAUUUCAGAAUGGAACAAAUUCAACAGUACUCUUGGUGGAGUUCUUAUUAAAGGAGUACCCCCAGCUAGAGUUUGUUAUCAGCCAGGUUAUGAUGCCGCACAAUGUGCUGUGGUCACUUCAAAUUAUUACUACUCGAACUUCCGAAAUGACGAUCCUGUUUCCAUUGUGAAUGAAUGGUUGGAUGGAGAUUCAUGCGCUCCGUCUACGACUUCCAAUGCUACCGCAACCAAUUCGACAUGUAAUGUUGGAGCAUAUCCAGCGUAUGUUGUAAAUGCUACAACUGUGAAGCACAUUCAGAUGGCAGUGAAUUUUGCGAGAAAUUCGAACAUUCGUCUAAUAAUAAAGAACACAGGCCAUGACAUGCGCGGACAAUCAGCUGGUGCGGGCUCCCUGAGCAUCUGGACGCAUCAUCUAAAAGACUUCGAGUACCUUCCAUCUUACACCAUUGGCGAUUAUCAAGGAAAAGCCGCCAGAGUUGCAGCUGGUGUUGAAUCUUUGGAAUUGUCGGCUCAUAUGAGAGCUGCAAAUUCGACCAUUGUUGUACCUGGAGGAGGUACUGUCGGUUCCAUGGGAGGCUUCUUCCAAGGAGGCGGACAUUCAAGCUACACUUCUUAUUAUGGCCUGGGAGCUGAUCAAAUUCUGGCAAUGGAAGUGGUGACUGCUGACGGACGAUUUGUGACUGCUGAUCCCAACAAUAACACAGAUCUCUUUUGGGCACUUCGUGGCGGCGGGGGAGGAACUUACGGUGUAGUGACUUCAGCAAUCACCAAAGCAUACGACGCGAUACCAAUGGGUUUCUCAAGUGUUAUCUUCACUACAGCCAAUCUGUCAAAAUACGUCACCACAGUAUCAAACGAGACAUUCUGGACCGGUAUUCGAGCUUACUUGAAAUUUGGACCCCAAAUAUGCGACGCUGGAGGCAUCGGUUAUAAUUUUAUCAACCACGGCCCCAAUGGUACAUUGACAUUUACAACCUCCAUAACAAUUCCAGGAAUGAACUUCACAGAAGCAAACGACUUUGCCUCUGGCCUCUUCACAGAACUUAAUGACGUCGGAGUAAAUAUCACAAAUCCAUUCGCAACACCGGUAUCCGCUUCCGAAGUAUCAAGACUAGUAGCUGCGGCAUAUCCAUCUCGUGGACCAGGAGAAAUGAACACCCGUCUCGCCAGCCGCCUUUUCCCUCGCGAGAACUUCGAGGACGACGAUUUACUAGACGACACGCUGGGCGUAAUCCGAACAUUCGUCGAAGAAGGUGGCUAUACCUUCCACGGAGUCAAUCACUGUCCGACGAUGGAAGUCGCAGGCAACCCAGACAAUGCCGUCAACCCCGCAUACCGCAGAGCAGCCAUGCACGCACAAGGCUGGAAUUCCGGCCCAGCAGUCGGUCCAAUUGAGGUCCAGAAAAAGGAUUACGAACGCUUUAGUAGGUAUUUUCAGCCGUGGAGAGAUGUGAGUCCGGAGGCGGGUAGUUAUAUGGGAGAAGCGGAUGCGGCGGAACCAGAGUGGCAGCAGAGUUUCUAUGGGGAUAAUUAUGAGAAAUUGUUGGGGAUUAAGCAGACUUAUGAUCCUUGGGGUUUGUUUUGGGUGAAUACUGGGGUGGGGAGUGAGGGUUGGGAAGUGAAGACGCCGGUUGCGGGAUGGCCGACUCAAAAUGGACCUCUAUGCCGAACAAAUGCCACUGUUAGAGGAUAG